GCGGGGCCGCGCCUCGGAGCGGGCUGGCGGCGGCGGCGGCGAUGAUGGAGUCGGUGCGAGCGCAGCGGCUGCAGCCCGGCGUGGGGACGCUGCGCUCGCUGCGCCCGGGCGUCACGGGGGGCCCCGCCGCGGCCUCGGCCCCGCCGCCGCCGCCCCUUGCCGCCGCGGCGGUGGCGGCCCCGCCGCCCCCCCCCGCCGCCGGGCUGGGCCUGGGGCUGCCGCCGCCGCCGCCGCCGCUGGGGCUGCAGGGCCCCGGCGCGCCGCCGCCCGGCGCCGGGCCGCCCGCCGUGCUGCGGGAGGCCGUGGAGGCGGUGGUGAGGAGCUUCGCCAAGCACACGCAGGGCUACGGCCGCGUGAAUGUUGUGGAAGCCCUUCAGGAGUUCUGGCAGAUGAAGCAGUCACGUGGAGCUGAUCUGAAAAAUGGAGCCCUUGUGGUGUACGAGAUGGUCCCAUCCAACAGUCCCCCUUAUGUCUGCUAUGUCACCUUACCGGGAGGGAGCUGCUUUGGCAGUUUCCAGUUCUGUCCAACUAAAGCUGAAGCCCGAAGGAGUGCUGCAAAGAUUGCGCUAAUGAACUCAGUUUUUAACGAGCAUCCCUCUCGGAGGAUCACAGAUGAGUUCAUUGAGAAGAGUGUUUCAGAGGCCUUGGCAUCUUUCAACGGUAAUCGAGAGGAAGCUGAUAAUCCCAACACAGGAAUUGGUGCAUUCCGCUUCAUGCUGGAAUCCAACAAGGGAAAGUCAAUGCUGGAGUUCCAGGAGCUGAUGACAGUCUUCCAGUUGUUGCACUGGAAUGGCAGCCUCAAAGCCAUGCGAGAGAGGCAGUGCUCACGGCAGGAAGUGCUGGCUCACUACUCCCAUCGCGCUCUGGAUGAUGACAUAAGGAACCAGAUGGCCAUGGACUGGGUGAACAGGGAGCAGAAUAGCCCAGGGGCCCUUUCCAGAGAGCUGGCUUCAACGGAGAGAGAGCUGGAUGAAGCCCGCCUGGCUGGGAAGGAGCUGCGUUUCCAUAAGGAGAAGAAAGACAUCCUGAUGCUGGCAGCUGGCCAGCUGGGGAGCAUGCACUCCUCCAACUGCUAGACUCUUGUAUGCAAGUCAUUCCACUCCCCCAGGCCUACUAACACCUCUACACUGAUGGGAUCUGUCCCAUGUCACUUAACGCAUGUAAUGCCUCUUCCAGAAUUGUGGCCCAUUUGCACAUUUUAGAGAUUUUUUUUUAAUUGCCUGUACAGAUUUUUAUACUUCUUUUUAAACUUGCUUCUAGAUCUACUCCUCUCCUUCCUAUCUGCUAGAGAAUUCCUUCUGUCACUUUAAAGAGUGCAUUUAAAAAAUGCAGCCUUUUAGUAUUAACACUAAAGACCUCCAGUAUACAUGGGUACUAUGUAAUAGGCAGUAUUAUGUGGAAAUGUAGCACUUCUUCAAGAAGCUUCUGUUCUUUGGAGCUGAUGCAUGUUGUGCAGACCUGCUUUUUUAUUCUGCUUCUGUAGUAGAAGGGGUUCUGUCAAAACUCCUUCUUGAUGAGCACAGUAAUAAUAAUAAAAGCAUUCUUUUUAACUCUGCAAUGUAAGCUGCAUUGGGGAAUACUCCAAAGCACAUAAAAGGGAUUUAAAAUUGGGAUUUUGGUUUGGUCAGACUUAAGUCUGCAGAUUGCUCUACAGAAUUCCAGUUCUAAGCUCAGACAGGAUUCAGAGUUACCCCUACAACUGUCAGGUGUCUGCAUCUGUUCCUGCUCUGGUCUUUCACUUGUAGGGUAGGCUAUAGUUCAUUUCCAAAGUAAAUAACGCACCUACUAGCAAACUACAAAAAUCCUGUGGUACUUAAGAGAUUGGAUUUAGCAGUUAAUCAGUCUGCACCAGACAGCCUCCUGCUAUGCUCUUUCUCAAUCCUCUUUGGGUUCCUAACGGUGUUUCACCCAGUCUAGGAGGCUGGAGAUGCUAAAGGGCUGUCCCAAAUACUAGCAGUUGGUGGUGGUAUGGAGUGGCCAGUUUACUCAGCUAGAAAUCAAGCCUUGGAGUUGUUUGGCUUCUCCCACUAGCCUGGGGAGAUGAGGAUUUUUGAAAAUCUUGUGAGAAAUAAGAGAUGGACACGUUGUUCUCUCCAGGGUAGCUUCCAAACCGUACGUCGGACUUGGCCUUUUCAAGGAAGAUUUAAAAAGCCUUGCCAGAAUUCCAGACUUAGCCAGCAAUAAUAGGGGGGAGCUGUGCAGCCACUCUCCCUGAAGAGCCUUUAUAUAAAGUCUUUGUUAACCAGAUCUGUGUUUAAUCCUUUGAAUCAAAACAGAGGAUCUACCCAGCCCCAGCAGCAAAAGCUCAGAUAGUGCUUGGCCUGAACUGUGCUGUGCUUCUACCAGCCAGAGUAAAGGAGUCUGACCCUUGUGCCAAGAGGGGCUGUGCCUAAUUAACAGCGCGCAGCGCUCUCCACAGCCUAGCUCCCAAGAAAUAGUUGGCAGGGAUGAUUUUUAGGAUUACUGGUGGAUCGGAGAGCUGCUGCUUAGCAGAGAGCUGAGUAGCUCUGCAGAUAUCUUCAGCAGAUCACACAGAGCACACCUUAAUGUUAACCUGCGAGAACUUGGUGUGGGAGGAAGGGAAUCGCUAGGCUGUACAAAAUGAAGGUGUGGGCUAAAGGUUUGGUGCCUCUGGCCAAUAGUGUCUAUAUAGUAUAGCCUCAAAUUGCAGAGUGGGAGAGAAAGUGUUCCACAAGAGUUUUGCUUCUCUUGGGGCUGGAGGCUCCCUGCUUUGGAGCUUGCUCCAUUCUUUUCAGUAGUGGUGUUGGAACAAAACACUGCUGAGUUGAGAAUCUCUAUAUGCACUAUUUUUUUUAAAUGAAUAGUUCCCUGCUCUUAGUAUAUGUAUCAAUACUAAAUCUGUAUGAUGCUUAGAUUAAAAAAUACCCUUCCUGACGCUUGUGUCCCUGUAGCUCAAAUUCACAGUCCAAGGAAGUAGUGAUUUGUUCAAGGUAAUUCUUGUAUCGCUUCCUACUUUCCUAACAUAUAGCCCAGAAGAGCUAGCAAUGUCUCAGUGGGACUAUAAAUUGAAGACAGACUUCUUUCUUCAACACACUAUUCAGCUUUGAGGUUUCUUUGGGCCUUUCCCCUGCCUUCCCCCUCCACCCCCACCCCAGUGACUAUACUUGGGCUAGAGGUACAAAACCUUUGGGAAUCUGACGGGUAGCUUUCGCUAUUUCCAUAGACAUCCACCCCUCAACCCUCUCCUUUCUCUGAAGCAGUCUCUUACAGAGUAUGUGUGAACUUAGAGGCACGUGGAUAUUCAAGCAAUAGUCUUUUUUUGAAAUUAAGAUCAAAAAACUGCAUUAUCUGUAGGUAUUCUAGUUUUGUAUUCUUGUCCUAACAAACCUAUUUUGUUUUUAUAUAUUUUUUUAUAUGCAGCCUUUUUACACAACAGUAUUAAUGUUUAAUGCGUUUAUAAAUGUGAUUGUAAAUGGUGUGGAGUGUUUUUUUUUUUUUUUAACAGGUUGGUAAUAUCUAGACCUUGUAUUUGGAUUUAAUCACCUGAUCUAGAAAUAGUGUGGAGUCUAACAUCUUUCUUAUUAGCACUUCCACACCUGCGUAUUGUGUUACAACACGUCAUGUGAAAUGGUGAUUUAUCUGACGGCCUGAUCUUGCAAAUAGGGAAACUGUUGAGAAACUUCACUUUUUGAGCAGAUGAUGUAAGCAGGAUUGGCACCCAACUGUGCAUCUCCAGGCUUUCAAGUUGCUUUGACUUGCAUCAGUGUUUUUCCCUGCAUUACAGACCAGGAUUUCUCAUCUCAUCCUAGCUACUUCUCAUGUCUCUAGCAACAUGAGAUGGAAAACGUGACACAACAGAAAGUUCUGAGACAUCCAGUUCUUGGCUGAUCUGGAACUGUCAGGGUCCACUUGAAUUUUGCAAGUUGAAAAGGGUCAUUUAUUGUUGUAGAGGUUGAUGGGCCAGAACUGGUACAGUCUUGCUGCAAGAAUCCUGGUGCUUAUUCAGGAAACCUUGUACACACCCUUGUCCCGGAGUACAGCUAGCUGGGUGCAGCAGGGAGUUUGGAUUGAGAAUUGUUUUCAGGCACCCCGCUGUCUGAAUUAAUACUGGCUUUUGGGUUGUGGUACAAGGCCCUCUCGAUUAGAAAAUUCUUUACUUAAACGUAUGUAGCAGCACCUUAACAAUCAAAAUCUCCCCAUGGAGAGCUCGUUGGGGCGGAGGAAGUCUUGCUGAACAAAGUUUGUGCCCUACGUGUUAGGACUCUCAGUACAGCAGAAGUUGCACACACUGCUAUUUGCAUUGCUUACUAGUGUUUUGCAUGUAGGGAUCUUAAUGGUUUUAGCAAAGCCCGUCUCCUUAACUCUCCUCUGUCCUGCAGCACUGAAUUGUACACAAGCUGUUUCAGAUGCCUUACUACUGCCAGCAGCUGCUCUGAAAGAAAUCUAGGAGGAUUAUGUUGUUUCCACUGUCAAAGCCCAGGUCUGUAAAAUGGGACAUCCUGGCAGGAGGGGGAGGUACAGUGAAAACCUGAUAUACCCUUAGUUGUAUGUUGGCAAAACUGAUACUGUUUUUCUUGUCUGCUGAUCUGCUUGGAAGGUGAUAACGCCCCUGCCCUAGGGACAAGGAAAGCUUUAUUUUUAUUUUAUUUUUUUUUUAUUUUUAAUUUUUUUUACUUUGAGAAAGGUGGGACAAGUAGCUGCUGAAGCCAUCGAGCUUGUUUUAAGAUGUUGCAGCUGCCUCAGUAAUGAACAAAACCAGCUAAGCCUCUGUCAUCUGAAUGUACCCCUACACAAAGCCUGUGUAGUAGGUGAGUGUCACCACUUUUCCCCUUCUUUUGGGGGUCAGAACAACACUAAGCCUAGGCAGGCCCUGGGCAGUUUUAUAUUCAAUAGGAGCAAAUAUAUAAAGCUGUUUCCUCUAUUCAGAUUACAACUUUAUACCCCUAGAAUGUCGUUUUCCCAAAUCCUGAGGGAGCGGGCAGGGGGACUGGCCUUCAGCCUGUCCUGUGGCAGCAGCAGCUUUAAUAUCCUAACUUCUUCAGCAUCCAAAAUCUUGUCAUCUUUGUGCUGUAUAGUUAAAUCCAAAGCUAAAAUGAUAAAUCACCUUUCACGUGCCGUCCCUGCCUUUUUUUUCCAUGUAUGUCAUAACAUUCAGUACAUCGUCGCAUUUUGUAUGUAUAAUUUUAUACAAUAAAGCAAUAGAUUUUGGGGUA